ACUACUUUCUUCUUGGCUGAAUAACGAUUCGUCUAUCUUCUUUCUUCCUUCCUUCCGCAGUUCCGCUAGUGCUAGUCUAUGUCUAUCCCUUUCUAGGGAUAGCUCUCGGUGCAUUUUUACGCUCUCUAUUUCUUUUGUAUUUCGAUCAAAUAUUGUAUUAGGUUUAAUUAUAUUGACGAAAUUUAACAUCCAUAAUGAAAUUCCAAGUUCUGUGCUCAAACUAAGAAUGCCCAAAAGCCUCAGCUCAAUACAGCUUUAGUUAUAGCUAAAUAUGUAUUCCACACCAUUGGGAGCUGCUAAACCCUUGAUCAAUUUCCCUACGGUAUUCCCAAAUCCAAGAAUUCUUAAGAACUACAACUUUCCCGUCGAACCCACCAAAAGAUUGCAAUUUAAUAGCUACCCACGUGUUCUUUUGGUGAAAGCCAGCUCAAAUGCAAAGCCCUCUGUAAGUUCUGGUGGUGGAGAUGAGGAUUUUGUGUCUAGGGUUCUGAGGGAAAACCCUAGCCAAGUUGAACCCAAGUAUUUGAUUGGGGAUAAAUUGUACACAUUGAAGGAGAAGGAGGGUUUGAGUAAGAAGGGUUUUAGGGAGAGGGUCUCGGAGAUAUUGAAGAGAUUGAAUUUGAAGGCAUUGGUGAGUAAAAGCGAUGAGGAGACUGGGAAUGCGAGUAAUUUUGUGAAGCCUGAGGGGGAGGUUUAUUUGAAGGAUCUAUUAAGGGAGUACAGAGGGAAGCUCUAUGUUCCUGAGCAAGUUUUUGGGGCUAAUUUAUCAGAAGAAGAGGAGUUCGAUAAAAAUGUGAAGGAGUUGCCAAGAAUGAGCUAUGAGGAUUUUCAGAAGUACAUGACGUGUGAUAAGAUAAAGUUGCUGACUUUUAAGGAGGAAAGUGGCAUUUCAUACAGUAACUAUGGGUUUAGGGAUUUUGUUGUUGAUCUCAAAGAAAUACCUGGGGACAAGAGAUUGCACCAGACUAAAUGGGCAAUGAGACUGGAUGUAGAACAAGUGAAAGAUCUUUUAGAGGCAUACACUGGACCACGGAAUGAAAUAGAAAAGCAAAUGAUGUCCUGGGUAGGAAAAUUGCCAGAGUAUCCUCAUCCUGUAGCAUCUAAAAUAUCCAGCAGAAUGAUAGCUGAACUUGGAGUGCUAACUGCUUCUAUGGCUGCUGCUGCAGUUUUUGUUGGAGGAUUCUUGGCUUCAGCAGUAUUUGCUGUUACUAGCUUUGUCUUUGCGGUGGCUGCAUAUGUCAUAUGGCCUGUUGUCAAACCAUUUCUCAAGAUAAUUUUGGGUCUCAUCUUUAGUGUCUUGGAAAGAAUCUGGGAGAAUCUUGCUGAUUUUUUGGGUGAUGAAGGACUUAGGUCAAAGUUGUAUGAAGUUUACGCUUUUGGCGGGGUUUCUGCCAGUAUUGAAAUGCUAAAACCAAUCUUGUUGGUCUUUUUGACAAUGGUGCUUCUUGUUCGUUUUACCCUUUCUAGAAGACCAAAGAAUUUUAGAAAAUGGGACAUAUGGCAAGGCAUUGAGUUUUCUCAGUCAAAACCACAAGCACGUGUUGAUGGUUCUACUGGAGUCAUGUUCAGUGAUGUUGCGGGUAUUGAGGAAGCAGUGGAAGAGCUCCAAGAGCUGGUAAAGUACCUGAAGAAUCCUGAACUAUUUGAUAAAAUGGGAAUAAAGCCACCUCAUGGAGUUCUUCUCGAGGGCCCUCCGGGAUGUGGCAAGACCCUGGUUGCAAAAGCCAUAGCUGGUGAAGCGGGCGUUCCAUUUUAUCAAAUGGCUGGAUCAGAAUUUGUUGAAGUGUUAGUUGGUGUUGGUUCUGCUCGUAUCAGGGACUUGUUCAAAAGAGCGAAGGUAAAUAAACCAUCAGUCAUCUUUAUUGAUGAAAUUGACGCACUAGCGACAAGGCGACAAGGAAUGUUCCGUGAAUCAACAGAUGACCACUAUAAUGCGGCAACUCAAGAAAGGGAGACUACAUUGAACCAGCUGUUGAUAGAACUAGAUGGGUUUGAUACGGGGAAAGGUGUUAUCUUCUUGGGUGCCACUAAUCGGAUGGAUUUGCUAGAUCCUGCCCUUCUUCGUCCUGGGCGGUUUGAUCGGAAGAUAAGAAUACGUCCUCCAAAUGCAAAAGGGAGAUUGGACAUUUUGAAAGUUCAUGCACGGAAGGUGAAAUUAUCAGAUACUGUUGAUUUGUCUAGUUAUGCGAACAAUUUGCCAGGAUGGACGGGUGCAAAGCUGGCACAACUUCUCCAAGAGGCUGCUCUUGUGGCUGUCAGGAAAGGACAUGCUGCUAUUCUUCAGUCGGAUAUGGAUGAUGCAGUUGACCGUCUUACAGUGGGACCAAAGCGUGUGGGAAUAGAUCUAGGUCAUCAAGGACAAAGUCGGAGAGCCACUACGGAAGUGGGGACUGCUUUGACUUCUCAUCUGCUUAGGCGUAUUGAGAAUGCAAAAGUUGAGCGUUGUGAUCGGGUGUCAAUUCAUCCUCGUGGACAGACGCUAUCUCAAGUUGUAUUUCACCGUCUUGAUGAUGAGUCAUACAUGUUUGAGCGCCGACCUCAGUUAUUACACCGUCUUCAGGUUUUGCUUGGAGGCAGAGCUGCUGAAGAGGUAAUUUUUGGGCGGGACACUUCAAAAGCAUCAGUCAGUUACCUUGCUGAUGCAUCCUGGCUCGCUCGUAAAAUUAUCACAGUAUGGAAUAUGGAGGACCCAAUGGUAGUGCAUGGUGAACCGCCUCCGUGGAGAAAGAGAAUUAAAUUUGUUGGUCCACGGAUUGACUUCGAGGGUUCUCUUUAUGAUGACUAUGAUUUGAUUGAUCCUCCAAUCAAUUUCAAAUUGGAUGAUGAUGUUGCAAGGAGAACCGAAGAUUUGAUGCGUGAUAUGUACGGAAAGACGGUUGCUCUGCUUAGGCAGCACAAUGCUGCUUUGCUUAAAACUGUUAAGGUUCUUCUCGAUCGGAAAGAGAUUAAUGGAUAUGAGAUUGACUUCAUUCUUGACAACUACCCUCCCGAAACUCCUACGAGUCUCGUUCUGGAGGAAAGAAAUCCGGGAAGCCUUCCGUUCUUCGAGGAUGAGCAAUCCCAGAGUAAAGAAUUAGAGUACACCCUCUUGACUUCUUAACUCCCAUUUCGAAGCAAAGACGGGAACCGAAUCCGCUGCCCCGGAGGAUCAUCUGCUUUGGACUGGUAGACUUGCUUCAUUUUCUCGCAUCCAAUGAGCUUUCAAACCCAUUUUGGAGAUCAUAUUUCCAGACAACAGAGAAUGAAUUGCCAGUUUUGGUUUUGUUCAUAGGUCCCUUCCAAGUCAUAGGAUUAGAUUCAUAUAGUGAAAUUUUGCUCAUUGCUUAGAUCAAUCUUUGAGGUUUGAUUUGAGAAAAGCUUCUGAAAAGAAUGGCAUUUCUAAUACAAUUGGUAUUGGUAUUGGAGGAUUUCAGGUCAGGAAAUCUGUAAUUAGUGAAUGGUUGCAGUAUUACUACAGCUUUUGCAACGGUGGUCGGAUCAAUCAACUUUGCCCAAAAGUGAUGGUAAUUGGUUCAACCAAAAUCUUACUAUGAAAAGUGAUGGCAGCCCAUUUUGGGAAGUGGAAUUUGAAGGUUGGGCAACUGGACACUUAUCUGGACCAAUGUUGUACUAAUCUAUGAUUUUAAUUAGGGUAAAUUACAUAUAA